AUGGAUUGGUUUAACAGCGAUGAACGUCAGAUGGACGAGUUCGUCAACGCGAACAAUUUGUACAUGCCGGCAUCACCACCAUCGCAGCCAACGCCUAGUCCGGGAGUCGGUAGCAACAUCGACGUAACAUCGCCGGUCAACACCGAUGAGUUUGAGAUCAGUGAGAUGGAGCCCGCUCAAGGGCAGGGCAAGGGCAAGGUCGGCGAGGAUGACGGGCCGAAGAAGUAUAGUCCGCAAGAGACAAUGUGGCUUGCCAGGAACUACGUCGACGUCGUCGAGGAUCCUAUCAUCGACAACCAGCAGUCCAGCAAGGUGUUCUGGGAGCGGAUUGCUGAGAAGUAUAACGCUGGGCGUCCUAAAGGGUCGUUCGAACGUAGCUACGUGAAGCUGCGCAAGCAUUGGGGUCGGGUCCAGGUGGAUAUGAGAAAGUGGAAUGGAAAGUGGGCCAAUGUAGUCCGGAUGUGGCCGAGCGGGCACAGCAAGGCGGACCUCAUCGAGAAGGCGAAGGAGGCGUUCUUCGCUGACGGGAAGAAGCACUUCAAGCACUUCGACGUUUGGAAUCUCGUCGAGAAGAGCCAGAAGUACACCAGUGGUGCCGAACCGACGGCAACCGGGGCGGCGAAGAGAACCAAACGUUCACAGCCGCCCGAUGGGAACAAAUGCGGCAAAGAGGAAAGCAAAGGGGAAGACAACUGCGAGCAACUCCGCUAUGGCGCCACCGCCGAUCAAUCAGUCUCUGGAUAA